AUGGGGAACAUGGAUGGAAAGGCCGUGGAGGAACUGAGUGCUACCGAGUGCCACCAGUGGUACAAGAAGUUCAUGACAGAGUGUCCCUCAGGCCAGCUUACCCUACAUGAAUUCAAACAGUUUUUUGGCUUGAAAAACCUGAGCCCAUCAUCAAAUCAGUACAUUGAACAAAUGUUUGAGACAUUUGACUUUAACAAGGAUGGUUAUAUUGAUUUUAUGGAGUAUGUGGCAGCUCUAAGCCUAGUCUUGAAGGGGAAAGUGGAACAGAAGCUAAAGUGGUACUUCAAACUCUAUGAUGUGGAUGGAAAUGGCUGUAUUGACAGGGAUGAGCUACUAAACAUAAUCAAAGCAAUUCGCACCAUUAAUCCAUGUCAAGAAAUAAUGUCAGCUGAAGAUUUCACAAACAUGGUGUUUGAUAAAAUUGAUAUCAAUGGAGAUGGUGAGCUGUCUCUGGAGGAGUUCAUGACGGGUGUCCAGAAAGAUGAGCUUCUACUUGAUAUCCUCACCCGUAGUCUGGACCUGACACGCAUUGUGCGAAUGAUCAAGAAUGAUGGGAAAAACCCUGAUGAAGGGGGGUCAGCAGGAGCUGCAGAAUAG